UAAUGAAGCUAUAAAACCUCUUCCUCUCUCUCUCUCUCUCUCUUUCUCUCUCUCUACACGCAUAUACACCUGGAAAGAAAGAAAAAGGAAAAAAAAGCAAGAAAUAAAGAAGGCUUCCGCAAGUAAUGGCAUCACUGCUUCAGUGUCCUACUUCAUCAUUUCCUUCUUUCUCCUCCAACAACCCCCGCUCCCCCUUCCCCCGCUUUAACUUCCAUCUCCGUCACGCCGUCAGGUGUAAUCUGGUGGAGCCCAUCAAGUUUGCCAACGGCAAGCCUUACAUCCCGCUCCUCAACACCUCGGCUCAUCAUUUAUCCUCCACUGCCACUUCCCAUUUAGAUAACACUCUUCCACCUUUCAACAAACAUGACACCAGGCUCCGCAUUUUCUCUGGCACUGCUAAUCCUGCUCUCUCUCAGGAAAUUGCUUGCUACAUGGGUUUGGAGCUUGGCAAGAUUAAAAUUAAGCGUUUUGCGGACGGGGAGAUUUAUGUCCAAUUGCAAGAAAGUGUCAGAGGCUGUGAUGUUUUUCUUGUCCAACCCACCUGUCCUCCUGCCAAUGAGAACCUCAUGGAGCUGCUGAUUAUGAUUGAUGCUUGUCGCAGGGCGUCUGCUAAGAAUAUUACUGCUGUUAUUCCUUAUUUCGGCUACGCCAGGGCCGAUAGAAAGACUCAAGGGCGAGAAUCUAUUGCUGCCAAGCUUGUUGCGAAUUUGAUUACUGAAGCAGGUGCAAAUCGUGUUCUUGCCUGUGAUCUUCAUUCCGGGCAGUCCAUGGGGUAUUUUGACAUUCCUGUGGAUCAUGUGUAUGGUCAGCCUGUGAUACUCGAUUACCUUGCUAGCAAGACUAUAUGUUCUGAUGACUUGGUGGUGGUCUCCCCUGACGUUGGAGGUGUAGCAAGAGCUCGUGCUUUUGCCAAGAAAUUAUCAGAUGCACCUCUAGCCAUUGUUGAUAAAAGACGUCAUGGACACAAUGUUGCAGAGGUGAUGAAUUUGAUUGGUGAUGUGAAGGGGAAAGUUGCAGUUAUGGUAGAUGACAUGAUUGACACAGCUGGAACUAUUACCAAAGGUGCAGCUCUAUUACAUCAAGAGGGGGCAAGGGAGGUCUAUGCAUGCACUACACAUGCUGUUUUCAGCCCUCCUGCCAUUGAGAGGUUAUCGAGUGGUCUUUUUCAAGAGGUUAUCAUAACAAACACGAUUCCAGUGUCAGAGCAGAACUAUUUUCCCCAGCUCACAGUCUUGUCAGUAGCAAACCUCUUGGGCGAGACCAUAUGGCGUGUUCAUGAUGACUGCUCUGGUGGCAUUGAACCCUAUUCCAGCUUGGGCAUUGAUUGAUCAAUUUACAUGGUGUGUCUCCCAGCUUGAACUACUGCCAAAUUUAGAUUCGUCCUCGGGAAGUGUUACUGGAUUGUAGAAAACUCAAACAACUUUAUGUUUAGAGAAGUCAUAUCUUUAGUUUUGUAUGGAGGACAUGGGGUUGAUUGGCAGAUUUUUGGUAGCUUGAAUUAGAUUCCUUGUUUAGGUUUUUUCCAUGUUUCUUAUACUCCCGAAUGUUUUGACUCCCGAAUGUUUUGAUGAGAAACUUUUGGAACAGAUUUUUGCUUUAUAAA